GGCGGGUGUGUCGUCGCUCCGUCCCAUCGCCUCCCCCCAUUUAUCAGCCUCUGGACCGCCUCUUGUCUCGCUUAUGGCCGACUUUUACGACCCCCCCCCUCUCCCGCCGGCGUCAGCAAACCCCUCGUGCCCCCGUCUCGAACUCGACCUCGUCUUUUGCCUCGACCUGAGACGCUUUUCUUGCGGGGAAAGGCGAGACCGGAGGGACAAGCAAGAGGGCACGCGCGCGACGACUCGACUCGAUCGACUCGCCUCCAACUGAUCGACUGGCUGACGGAACCAACCGACUGAGGUCGCCCAAAAAGCAGUGGCCUGUGCCCGGUUGCUUCGCGCAGUGUGUUGCGUGUUCCUGGCCCAGCGAGCGGCACCUCCAAACGCCCCCCCGUCCGUCGCCAGCAACCUAACCCGACAGACUGGCAGCCCUACCGACACUUGCUGUGCUGUGUCCGCAGCCCGCACCCGCAACAACCAACCGGUCCUUCAAAUUCAUCUUGCAGCCAACACCCCAACUGCCUGUCAAGUGGCACCUCAGCCUAGACGCCAACUGGAGCCGGACACACCCCUCGAAUCGAAGCCCAGUUCGUCGUUCCAGCCCCCGCGCCCGCCGCCCCGGAACGACAAAACUCCCGACCCAACAACGAUCGAAGCACCCUGCCACGAAACCAACGGCAGUGCGGUUGCGCUCCAGUCCUGUACUACUACCACAUCUCCACGAUCGCGAAUUCCCCUCCCUCUCCGUCAGCCCUACCGGCUUCCGACUUGACUUACUUCACGCCGCAUUGCUCUGCAAGCCGCUCUCCUCGCCGCCCGCACACUACGCCGCCUCGAGCCGGCCGACUCUUUGCGAGCCCUCGGCGCCCCCCCCCCCCCCCCCCCCGAGAAACCGAGUCGACGACGCCCGCCUCUUGCAAACGCCGUAAAGCCCUCGCGUCGGCAUGCCACAUAUGCGCGAGGUCAAGACGUGCGACCGUUGUCGUCACUUCAAGCGGCGGUGCGACCUCCUCAAGCCCUCGUGCACCCGCUGCGUCCAGGCCGGCGUUCGCUGCAGUUUCGAUGUUGCAGGAACCGCGGCACCCAACGGGGGCACGCAGCCCGCCGCGACAGUCGCACCGCAGCGAGCGGGCACGUUUGGCCUGACGGGAGCGCAGCAUGUGCCGCCGCAGCAGCAACAUGCUUCGAACCUGCAAGCUUCGCCGCACUUUGCGUCGUCGUCGAUGGGAUUUGGCGGCUCCCACGCCGCCGCCGCCGCCGCCGCCAUGCCUGCUCCGCGCAACGCACCUCAGCCUGCCUCAGGACCCGUCGAGCGCGCUGCCGUCGCUUCGUCGUCUUCGGCGUCGCCAGGCCAGGACGACCUCGCUGGGACGCCGACAAAUGGCCUCAUCUCCCCCACGACUUCGACCGAGAGCCCUGAGCCGGGCUCCUCCAAUAUCCAAGACCAAGAUGAGCCGCCGACCCCGCAUGACAUUCCGGGCUCCAGUAGCGCAACCGUCAACGGCCAACGCAUCGUGCGCAAGCGCAAGCGCAACUGCCUGAGUUGCCUGCGCUGCCAUCGCCUCAAGGUCAAGUGCGACAAGGAGCUUCCGUGUGGGAGGUGCAAAGCCAGCGGCAACGGGAGAGAAUGCUACUACAGCUACAACAAGGGCCCCAAUGGGGGCAAGUUCCCCUGCCCCACGGCACCCGUCUCCUCGAGCAAGGACGAGAAGAAGCCUCAGAUGGCAACCUGGCAGGUGCAACACCGAGUCCGCGGAUCCAGCCACUGGAGGGAACUCAUGACCAAGAUCGGGUCCUUGGCGUCGUCGGCCACGGGCGAGACGUCGCCGCUUGCAGCAGCGCUCGAGGGCGUCGGGACGAAUGCCUGCCUGGCCAACUUUUGCCUCCCGGGCAACUUCCCCUUUGGCACCCCGGGUGCGACGAAAUACUACGCCCGCGACGCGGUGACGCGGCUGUUGGCCGGGGAGAAGGCACGGUGCGACGAGUAUUUGACGCGAUACCUGGAAUUGCUCGACGUGGUGAACCCCAUCCUGGACAUGCGCACGUUUCGCGAGGAGGUAGACCGGUACUGGCAGGAGCCCAACGCGGUCAGCCUGUGCUGGCUGUCCGAAUUUCUCAUGGUUAUGGGGCUUGGGUGCUUCACGUCAGCCGACGAACCGCCCGUGGCGACGGAGCUGAUGAUGGCGGCCGAGGCGUGCCUGAUGCAGACGCCGUUCAUGUUCCGGCCGACGCUCAUGACGCUGCGGGCGCUGUCCCUCAUGACGGUGGCCAAGCUCGUGUGCAACGCCACGUGCUGGUCCGUCGAUUCCUGCUGGACGCUGCUUGGCCUCCUGGUGAGGGUGGCUUUCAUCUUUGGCCUGCCCCAAGAGAAGAACGACAACGACGAGGACCUGCGGGACCCGGUCGAGAAGGACUCGCGGCGCAAACUGUGGCUGACGAUCCUCUACCUCGACAUCAAAGUGUCCAUGUGCACGGGAAUGCCGCCCCUGACGCGGCCGGACGAGCUCGGUGGAUUUCGGUCGAUGCCCGACGCGCCCGACAAUCUGCAGAUGGUGCUGUUCCAAUCGCUGCCGACGGUGCUGUCGGUGCUCGCGCAGAUCAACUCGAAAAAGGACCAGAUCUCGUACCCCGACGUGCUGCGGUACAAUGCGCAGCUGCGCGAGCUCAUGGGCCACGCCCAGCGUGUGUGCACGGCGCAGCUACAGCGCAUCACGGUCGACAUCUUCUUGCGACGGUGCCUGAUGGUGUUGCACCGGCCGUUCGCGCUGCACCCGGAGGGGCCGACGCUGUUCCCCGAGUCAUACUGGUCGUCGCUCGAGUGCUCGCUGGCGCUGCUGGUGCACUACCGCGAGCUGUGGUGCAGCGACACCAACAUGCGGCUCGACCUGGUGGGCCGGGCCUUUGUGCUCGACUUCUUCUCUGCGACGCUGACGACGUGCGUGCACAUGCUGCGCGAGGACGCGCCCCUGAGCGGAGCGGCCGCGACGGGAUGCCGCCUGCCGCCGCGGCAGCUCAUUCUCGACACCCUGCGCAGCUGCGUCGACAUCUGGAGCGGGGAGCAGGAAAAGAGCGUCUGCUGGCGCACGGGCUACCACUUGCUCAAGGCCGUCAUCGCCUUGCUGCCGGCGGUGGAGGAGCGGCCCCCGUCGUCGUCGGCGGGGCCAAACCAGCCGUUGGGCGCGAUGCAGCACUCCAUGGCCAUGGGGCCACCCUAGGUCGUCGCGCGGACACGAAAAGGUGAGGUGGAGCAACGGCGACGGCAACGGGCCUGUUUUGGGGGGGGGGCAUGAUUUUACGUGCCCGUGACGGAGGCUCAUCUUGUUUAUUUGUUUCUGUGCCCGACGGGCCGGUGCGUGUACGCACAUAUACUACGGGGCGCAUGGGGGUUCCUGCAGCGGGGUGGCCGUCGAGGGACGACGACUGGGUGGUCAUGGCGGGGUGUCGAAGGCGUUUUACGAGAGAUAUCGAGCCAUUUCCCUUAUUUUAUCCUUUUCCCCUCCUCUUUGUCUCUCCAUAUCUCUAUGAUCUCUCUCUCGCUUCGUCUUUCUCCCUUUGUUUCCAGUUCCCUUUUUUUUAGUUGCUCACGGAGAGGCUGGGGGGUAGGGAUGUGAUGCGAAAAAGACCAGAGACGCCCGAGGGUAUAAAGCAAAGGGCAGAGCAGAGCCAGGAGUUGGCCGGGUGUGGAUCGAGAUGGCGUAGGACGGGACGGGACGGGACGGGAUACCCAGAAUACCAAGGUUAUUAUCUAUCAUGGAAGAAUAGGACUUGAAGUGCGCUCCCGUUGUGUAAGUAACCUGUGGAUGUUGGAUAUUGGCGUGACGCUCUGUUGGCUGCCGUAUGCGUGCAUACCCCCCUACGAAUAGGAACGUCGGUAUUUAGUC